AUGUCGUCUCUCAACCUCGCGCGUCUUGCCGUUCGCUCCUGCUACUCCCCAGCUGCCCGCCGCGCCAUCAGCACAUCGCCCGCUUUCAGAUCAUCAUGGUCGCCAGGCCCUUCGCCGCCACGCCUUCCCAAGGAGGAGCAAGAGGUCUUCGAUAAGCUGAUGAAGCAAUCUACCGGCGCUUUCAGUACUCCUCAGCAAGCUCCUGAAGAGACCGUUGCCGAAGCCUCUACCUCCAAGCCCCAAGUCAACCAAUCGCCCCAGAUCAAUCAGUCGCCUGCUCUCAAGGCCGACGGCAAGGGCGAAGAACUACACCCGAAUGUCCGCCGCGGUGCUCCUCCAGAGUUCGAGGGCGAUGUCAACCCUCAGACUGGCGAGGUCGGCGGUCCCAAGAACAACCCUUUGCGAUGGGGUCACCAGAGCGAUUGGAGUUAUAACGGCCGUGUCACCGACUUCUAA